AUGAACAUGUUUAACUUUGUUCCACAAGUUGAACAGCCAAGUUUUAUGUUCCCUCCAAAUUCCGAAUACAAUAGAGCUUCAUAUGAUAAAUAUCACUCCUAUGUAGAUUACAACAAAAGUCAAAUAACUCAAUACAACAUUGAUCAGUUCUUAGAAUUGUGCAAGCAAAAUCCACUUAAUGCCUACUUAGGUAUGCUCACUGUUGCACCCGAACAUGAUCCAAGAUUCGCAAUUUCCCUUUUAGAAAUAGCUCUUAAACUUGAUCUUCCAGAUAAAGCCAAAUCCGGCCUUGCAUUAAGAUUUGUUGAUGCAAUAAUAAUGUCUAAAGGCGUCACCAAUGACACUUUUGUCUUAAUGGAACAAUAUGCAAAAGAAAAACCAGAAAUUUUCGGUGUUGCUCUUCUUGCUCUCCAUGCAAAGAAUCAAAAACCAAUCGAAGAUUUGCCAAUUAAAUUUGCAAAGAGUUCUCGCGUUUCCUCAUUAAUUUACUUCUAUCAUGCCAUAAAUCUCCUUCUUCUUGACAAGUUCAUCGAAGCUGAAGAGAAUUUACGUCAUGCCUUGAGCUUAUCCAACUACGCCAAGGACGCUGUUCCACACUUUUACCAAUAUUUAGCUUUAACAAUGUUCAUUAAUCAUAAGAGCUACGCACUAUUCCAAAAGAGUGUCUCUUUGAAGUAUCCAAUUAGUGAAGAUAUCAAGAAUUUGUGGGAUUUAGACAAAGUUUAUAUGACUCCAGCAAUUUAUCGCCAUUGGCAAAAGUUUGUCUUGGAAGAACGCGCAAGACGCAUCAUCAUUGAUGCAGGAACUGUUUUCACAACAAUCAACUACGCAGAUCUUGAAAAGAAAUGCGCAAACUUACCCAAGGACGAUUUCAGCAAUUUGUUCAAGCGCGUUGCUGCAGAUAUCAAUGCCAGAGUCGAGGGAGGUAAGGUAAUUUUCAGUUUACCACAUAUGACAAGUCAAAUUGAAGAUGAAAUCCGUAUAGUUCAGACAAAGCUUGCUAAGGUUCAGGCUGCUCAAUAA